UGCUCUUUACAGCUGAACUUAGUGCAGCCAGUUCAUCUAUAAAGAGCAGAGGUGUGCAAGCACCUGGACAACGUAACCUAAAAUCAGGCGAGUUUACGUUCUGGAAGUACACGUGUGCUGGGAAAAAGAUGCAAUUAACAAUGUCGAACGGUUUUAAUAGACAGAAAAUACGCGAACUACUUCAUAGAGAGGAGCAAUUUAUCGGAGAUUUAUUAUCUGUAACGCCUUCGCCGGCGCGCGAAUCGGCUGAGGAAAGUCAUCUAGCGACGAAGGAGAAGGAGCCUACAAAGAAAGCAAAGACUUUUACUACACUGGGCAAGAAACCUGAAAGAGCGCGUACCUUUAAAGAGCUGCAUGCAAAAUUGGAGGAAUUGAAGGGCGUGAAGAAGUUGGAUUAUAAGCAGAAGCUUCUUAAGAAGACUUUGAAGGCUAAGAUCAAGAAGAAGACGAAAAAAGAAGAGCGUUUGCUGCAGAAGAAGCUUGCUAGGAUAGAGCAGAACACAGCUGGUGGUAGUAAAAUCAAGACUGAAGCUGAGGAUGUACCGAAAGUGUCGAAGGCAAAACCAGUUUUUAACUCGGAGGGUAAAAUGGUGUUCAGUAAAUUUGACUUCUCUGAGAUUGGCGUAAAGAAGAAAUUACGCAAGAGUCAGAACGACCCUAGAAAGACGUUGCAACAGUUGCAACAGAAAAUGGAGAAGUUGAAAGAAUUGGAGGACUUGGGCGAGAAAGAACAGGCCGAAGAGAUUAGAGAGAAAGAUACGUGGAAAUCUGCAUUGGCUAGAGCGUCUGGUGAAAAAAUUAAAGAUGACCUGGACUUGCUGAAACGUACUAUAAAACGAAACGAGCAGAGUAAAAAACACAGCGCAAAGAAGUGGGAUUCCAGGAUAGAAAACGUACAGAAAUCUAUACAGGAGAGGCAAGAAAAACGGCGGGAAAAUAUUAUGAAGAAGAAGAAGGAGAAGAAACAGAAUAAAUUAAAAAAGGCAGCGAAAAAGGGACGCAUAAUACCUGGAUUUUAACCGACUUUUUACAUAGCUAUAAUUUGCAUCAAAGUUACAUUGUAAAAUACGUUUGCGUUUUUAAGAGUAGUUUUUUUUUUAAUAAUUUUGUUUAAUUUACUAUACACGCUUGAUUGUCAAAAACCCAUUCUGUUCGUCGGUCUGAUAUAGAAAGACAAAAUAUUCUAUGUUAUGUCUUGUAUGUCGAUGUAGUGUAAAAUACUGUAAAUUAAACAACGUUUCUGUGUACAACGUAUUGAUCUACGUAUAAUACAGCCACGAAUAACUUUAUUCAUGUAA